AGGAGCUGAAGCUGCUCGCACGACCGUGGACGCGCUCACUGCCAGGACCGUGGAAGUGAAGCGAGGGAGAGACGAGAGGAGGGAAAACAGUUUGUGGAUAUAACCGCUGGAAAUCUACCGAGCGCGCUCCGCCACACACCGACGGAGCGUCGCAGACGGACCCGCUUCCUCGUCGCCUGCGAUCGGAUCUCGGUGAGAAUGGAGCUCCCCGCCGCCGGAGAACGCGUCUUUGCGGUGGAGGGCAUCGAGAAAAAGCGCAUACGCAAGGGCAGAGUGGAGUACCUGGUCAAGUGGCGAGGAUGGUCCCCGAAGUACAACACAUGGGAGCCCGAGGAGAACAUCCUUGACCCGCGUCUGUUGGUCGCGUUUCAACACAGGGAGAGACAGGAGCAGAUGAUGGGAUAUCGCAAACGGGGACCGAAACCCAAACAUCUAUUACUUCAGGUUCCCUCGUUCGCACGGAGGUCAAGCGUUCCUGCUAGCUUUGAAGAGACGUCUCAUGACACCGAGGACAGCCCCAAGUCGGAUUCAGUUCAAGGCCAGCGCACUCAACCCCAACAGUACGAGCUGAACAGCAAGAAGCACCAUCAGUACCAGCCCAGCAGCCAGGAAGUGCCUGCCGACCCGCUGAGCAACAGCAAGAAGAAGUUGGUCUACCAGCUCGACAGCAAGAAGCACCACCACUACGAGCCUGACCCAAAUAUGUACGACUCUCAGGCGUCGAGGCUGAGAGAGGUCAUCAAAGUGCAGGAGCCGGCAGCGAAACCCACCAAUCCGGGCUGGAACUUGCCUUUGGCUCUUCAGCAGAAGUGGGUUCGGGACAAAGACACGGGGUGUUUAAGCAAAGUGAAAGAGCUGGCAGUGGAACCAAGAAAGCCCUCCGUGAAGGAGCCCGAGAGCGAGCAAGCUCUCAAACCCAAUCCCAAGGAUGCGGCUCUUCCGAGCUCCGUGAGCGGCAAGAUGAAGAUCAUCAAGAAUAAAAACAAGAACGGGCGGAUCGUAAUCGUCAUGAGCAAGUACAUGGACAGCAAGGUUCACGGGACGAAGCACAAGCACGGGGAAUCGUCCAGCGAGGAGAAAUCGCCGAGCGCCAAGCAGUCCGAAGCAAGCUCGGCCCACAAGCUCGGGGAGCCGUUGGACAAUGGAAUACACAAGCAGAUGUGUAACAGCAGCUCCCCCACCGCGGCGGAGCAUCCCAUGAAGUGCUCCCCGAAACACUUCUCCAAACCUUCUCCAAGCACCGCAGAGGAGUACAACACCGAGGUCGCGCGGGGCCAGGCCGAUUUACCCGACGAUCUUCCCCUGCAGUUGACCGCGAGCUCCCCGCCGACAUCUUGGACUGUGGAAAACAACAUCCUCACUCCGACGGCCAUCCACCACAUCAGGAUUCCGUCCUACCCCUCAAAGCGUAAACUCUCCGUUCCCGCGGAGGACCAGGGCGCCUCCAAAGCUUUUCUGACUUCCAGGAGUGCUCCUCCACCUCAGGACAAACCCAUGGACCUUCACUGUGCAGCCUCCCACGGUGCCCCGGAAUCCACCUGCCAAGAGGAGCCGAUGGAUCUCAGCUGCCCGAAGAGGCCGCCUGAGAAGGAGCCCCAGCCUGAGCCCGUCGUCAAGGAUCAACCCACCGUCACGGAACCAACGAAAAAAACCCUGAAGGUCAAGAAACUGGACCCUUUCAUGGGAAAUAUCAUCAUCACCGACAUCACCACGAACAGUCUCACCGUCACCUUCAAGGAAUACGUCUGAGUCGUGAUCUGUAAAUAUGUGAAAAUGUAAACAAUAAGAGCCUGUAUAUAUGGAAAUUUAUAAUUUAUCAACAGUUUCGUACGUUUUAUACUGAAACGCCAAGAACGUGCCCUCGAGGACUUGCGUUCGAGUGGAUGUACCCACUUAAAAAAAAAAAAAAUCUGAAUGAGGGUCCAAGCAGGUCUUUCCUGUCUCACCAGUCAACGUCCUUCAUGUUGCCAGUCGUGAACUGGAUGUUACAAGGUGCUUCACCAAUCCUCCACCGUAACUACCUAUUGAGAAACAACCAGGUCAGUCAUUGGGGAUGCAGCUUUGCUAUUAGCAAACUAGCUAGUUCAUUAAUUGUAAUAACAAUAAUAAUAAUACAUGAUGAAAUAAGUGAAAUGUAGAAUGUCUUCAACUGUGUCAGGUGAGCUCAUGAUAAAUCAGCUAUAUUUUUCUGCCUAACUGGGGCGGAACUAAUGCCCUACAUUGUCAGACACAAAGGAUUGUGGGAAACUGCUACAUUUUCUUCCCCAUGCAGCCGAUUUUUCUGUCUUGGCGAAUGACGCCUACCAGAGUCGAGCUGAGUUUCGUUCCUCUUUUAAAGUCAAUACACGUACGACCUUUUCAACCUUCCGUUGCUUGGACCCCGGUGAUGUACCAAACAUGUAACCUGAAAAUGUAUGAAGGUUUAUAGAUAUUUUGUAUUAAUGAUGCGACUUAUUUUGGUCCUAAUAUAUUGUAGAGAGGACGGUGUCUAUAUUGAUGAAAUGGAAAGCACUUAACAUUUUGGUAAGUUGAUAUUUGUGAAUGAUUAAAGGGGAAACUGCUGCUCUCGCAA